UUUUUAUGUCUCUCUCUCCUUCUGCACCUGUAUGAAUGGUGUGUCCCCAAUCCUUUGGCUCUCUCUCUCUCUUCUCCGCCUUUAUUUUCUUACCAAAAAUCUCUCUCCUCCAUUUUAGCCUUUCACAGGCACCACCAGUUCUCACCCACACAGGCUUUAGAUCUGUUGUAAAAAACUAAAAAAUGAAUAGAUUCGCCUAUGAGCAAGCGGCCUUUGUGGGUUGUGUUGGAGUUGGAGAUAUGAGACGAGGAGAUAUCUCUGUGUGUGGUGCCGUUGUUUGCCCCAAACCUCGCCGGAUUGGGCUCUUCGAUUCUUCCUAUGUUCACUCCGACGAACGCAUCAGAUCUUCUCGAUCAGAGGCUUGCGAUUUGAAAGCCGGAACUGAACUUCUGGAUAUCAUCCUCACCAAGGGGAAUUAUGAUGAGGAGAAAACUAAUUUUGAGAUGGCUUCAUCUCCGCCUUUUUAUUUUGGGUCUCCGCCCAGCAGGGUUUCGAAUCCUCUGAUUCAGGAUUCUCAAUUCAGCAACGACAAUUUUUUUCCUAUACUAGCAAUUCCAGAAGCAGCUGCUGCAUCACCACCACCUUCUUUUACCUCCACCGCUGCUUCCACUGCCGCUCGUAAGAACGGAGGUGGCUGCGUUCCGGUGAAGUAUGGGAACAAGCAAGCUGCUGUGAGGAUUGAAGGGUUCAAUUGCCGCAGCAGCAUCUCUGCUGUUGCUUAGGUAAAUCCCGAUGUUUAACCAACCAAAGAGAUUAAAAAGAAGAGAUUUUUGAGGGAGAGGUGAGAAACCAAAACAAAUUCAUUUUAGCUUUGUAUAUAUAGAGUGAAAGAAAGAGAACGAGUUAGUAUAUUUUCCAGUCAUUCAAAUCCUGUUUGUGAAUAUGUUUAUUAGGUGAUGAAUGAGUGUUCAUUUGAUAUUGGACAAAUAAUAAGCUGAGUAACCCAAAGAGGAAAGAUAGGCCAAAAGAUUGUCCUCUUUCCUUUGGGAUUGUUAGGUUUUUCUUUUUAACAUUAGGCUAAGUUAUGUAAUGUAGUGUGAGAGAGUCAAAAGAGAGACUUCUUCUUUGUGACUGAAAAAGUUGUCACUCUUGUACCUUCAUUGUAUUGUAAUCCGAAGGAGAAGAGAAGAUAGUAUUUAUUCUACUUCUACUGCUAAUUUCUUUUAUGGAUAUAAGAAGCAGAUUCGAAUUUUACUUGGA